UUCCUAGAAACCAAAUUCCGUGUAACCACCUUGAAAGUACCAUUUGCAUAGUGAUAUUAGAUGCGGAUGUAACUUAGUUAACUUCACAUCAGUCAUUAUAUAACCAUACAUAGAGAUACAAGUGUGCAAACUACUUUUACUAAACAAAAACAAAAAAAAAACGUAGCUAAAACGAUAAUUGCAAAAACGUCGGACAAAAAACGUUACGUCAUCAUGAUACCACAACAAUAUUAAAUUAAUAUUCAAUUCUGUUUCGUCUUCGAUCAAUAAAACAUGUUUCUGAGUUUAUAAUUGUUUAGUUCUGGAAAAUUCUAUAAGAUGUGCUGACAAAAUGUCCAAAAGUGCGUUGAUUUUGAUAUUCAUGGUUAAAUUUGUUUGUGGAGUGUACGUAUCUAACCUGAACGAGACCUGUCUCCGAUGCCUGUGCCACGCGACCGGCUGCGAGCUAUCCCAUGGCUGUUCUGAGGGCUACUGCGGACCCUUCUACAUCUCCAGGGUGUACUGGGUCGAUGCUGGCAAACCUACUUUGCCAGAGGAUAGCCCAGAAAGGAAUGAAGCGUACGAAGACUGCGCUAGAGACUACUACUGUUCCCUGAAAAUAGUAGAGAGCUAUAUGGCGAGGUUUGGAAAGGACUGCAACGACGACGGAGUAACCGACUGCUACGACUAUAUGCUAAUAAACCAUCAUGGCGGCCGCGCGUGCGCAGCGCCGCUGCAUACCACCGCGGUGGGCCGCCGCAGGCUCGAGCUGUUCCAGCAGUGUAGGCUGUAGACCUGCCCCCGUAGACAAGUGGCAAAACGCUGACGCUAACGCUAGCGCUA